ACCACCUUCGCCUGCCUCUCCUCCAUCCUCUUUUCUCCAGCUUCCUCCUCUCGCAGGUGGCAUCAUCGGUGGGACCAGAGCGCGGGCGGGCGCGGCCCCCGGGGACCAUGGCGGGUUCCGACACUACGCCCUUCCUCAGCCAGGCAGAUGACACGGACGAGGGGCCCGUGCCCGGCACCCCAGGGCUGCCAGGGUCCAUGGGGGCCCCGAAGUCUGGGGAGCCCGAGAUCCUGGAUCGGGAGGGCCUGCAGCGCAUCACCGGCUUGUCAUCGUGCCGUUCGGCUCUCAUAGUGGCCGUGCUGUGCUACAUUAACCUCCUCAACUACAUGGAUCGCUUCACUGUGGCUGGAGUCCUUCCUGACAUCGAGCAGUUCUUCGACAUUGGGGACAGUAGCUCCGGCCUCAUCCAGACGGUGUUCAUCUCCAGCUAUAUGGUGUUGGCACCUGUGUUUGGCUACCUGGGGGACAGGUACAAUCGGAAGUAUCUCAUGUGCGGGGGCAUUGCCUUCUGGUCUCUAGUGACUCUCGGAUCAUCCUUCAUCCCCAAAGAGCGUUUCUGGCUGCUCCUCCUGACCCGGGGCCUGGUGGGGGUCGGGGAGGCCAGUUACUCCACCAUCGCCCCCACGCUCAUCGCCGACCUCUUUGUGGCAGACCAGAGGAGCCAGAUGCUCAGCGUGUUCUACUUCGCCAUUCCUGUGGGCAGUGGUCUGGGGUACAUUGCAGGCUCCAAAGUGAAGGACAUGGCCGGGGACUGGCACUGGGCCCUGAGGGUGACGCCAGGCCUGGGAGUGGUCGCCGUCCUGCUGCUCUUCCUGGUCGUCCGGGAGCCACCAAGAGGAGCCGUGGAACGCCGCUCGGACUUGCCACCCCUGAACCCCACCUCGUGGUGGGCAGAUCUGAGGGCUCUGGCAAGAAAUCCUAGCUUCGUCUUGUCGUCCCUUGGCUUCACGGCUGUGGCCUUUGUCACGGGCUCGCUGGCACUGUGGGCUCCUGCUUUCCUGCUUCGCUCCCGUGUGGUCCUGGGGGAGACUCCCCCCUGCCUCCCCGGAGACUCCUGCUCCUCCUCCGACAGCCUCAUCUUUGGGCUUAUUACCUGCUUGACCGGCGUCCUGGGUGUGGGCCUGGGCGUGGAGGUCAGCCGCCGCCUGCGCCGCUCCAACCCCCGGGCUGACCCACUCGUCUGUGCUGCCGGCCUCCUCGGCUCCGCGCCCUUCCUCUUCCUGUCCCUCGCCUGUGCCCGAGGAAGCAUUGUAGCCACUUAUAUUUUCAUCUUUAUUGGGGAGACACUGCUGUCCAUGAACUGGGCCAUUGUGGCUGACAUUCUGCUGUAUGUAGUGAUCCCCACCCGGCGGUCCACCGCGGAGGCCUUCCAGAUUGUGCUGUCCCACCUGCUGGGCGACGCGGGGAGCCCCUACCUCAUCGGCGUGAUCUCGGACCGCCUGCGCCGGAGCUGGCCCCCGUCCUUCCUGUCUGAGUUCCGGGCCCUGCAGUUCUCGCUCAUGCUCUGCGCCUUCGUUGGGGCUCUGGGCGGAGCGGCCUUCCUGGGCACCGCCAUCUUCAUAGAGGGUGACCGUCGGCAGGCCCAGCUGCACGUGCAAGGCGUGCUGCACGAGGCUGGACCCACAGAUGAUCGUAUUGUGGUGCCCCAGCGUGGCCGCUCCACCCGGGUCCCCGUGUCCAGCGUGCUCAUCUGA